AGUCCCAGCUGGAGCGCAGUCCAAGCCACGUGGGGAGGGGGCGUUGUUCAGCUGAUGACAAAGACUUCUGAUUGGCCAUAGGGCGGAGUUCUUGGCUGCCAGCCGGCAGGACCCCUCCCACUAAGGCGGGGCCUGAAGGUUUACAGCUGGAAAGGGAGGAGCAAGGGCGGCGCAGCUGGAAAGGGGCGGGGCCUGGGGCGCGCGGCACGCCGCGGCGGGCUGGGGGCGCCCUGGGCUGCCAUAAAGUGAAUGGGCGCCGGCGGGGGGUGGCACUGCACCGUGAGGCUCACGCUCUCCUCCGCUAGCCUGGGAGAGCCCAGCGGAGCGGCCGCCCCGGAGCAGGGGGGCGGCCCCCACCCCGCAGGGUGCCUGGCCCCUGGCCCCUGCCUGCGAUCCAGAACGCCAUCGCCACAGCCACCACCGGGAGUCUGCCUGCUGCGGGACGCACUGAAAAGUCCAAGAACAAGACCUGUCUGCCAGUGGAAAGAGCAAGAAUUUUGUGCGCCCUCCAUUCUACUGUCAACUUGGCUGAGUUGGGGCUAUGCUCUCAGGGAUGGUUGAAGACGGUAUUACCAUGUACAAAUAUGGACCAUUGUCCAGCCUCAUGUCCUUCAGAAAGGUCUUGUGAAAGUCAACCAGAAAGGGGACCAACCAAGGGAAACCUCAACAGGGACCCAGGAAGACUCCUUCAGAAAGUCAGGCCAGAGCCCUCCCUCCAUGGAGUUUGGGCUGCUUGGUGAGGCAGAGGCUCGAAGCCCUGCGCUGUCAUUGUCAGAUGCAGGCACUCCACACCCUCCGCUUCCAGAACAUGGCUGCAAGGGGCAGGAGCACAGUGACUCGGAGAAGGCCUCGGCCUCACUGCCGGGGGGCUCCCCCGAGGACGGCUCUCUGAAGAAGAAGCAGCGGCGGCAGCGCACGCACUUCACCAGCCAGCAGCUGCAGGAGCUGGAGGCCACCUUCCAGAGGAAUCGCUACCCGGACAUGAGCACGCGCGAAGAGAUCGCCGUGUGGACCAACCUCACUGAGGCCCGCGUGCGGGUGUGGUUCAAGAACCGGCGCGCCAAGUGGCGGAAGCGGGAGCGCAGCCAGCAGGCGGAGCUGUGCAAGGGUGGCUUCGCAGCCCCGCUCGGUGGCCUGGUGCCGCCCUACGAGGAGGUGUACCCGGGCUACUCCUACGGCAACUGGCCGCCCAAGGCGCUCGCCCCGCCGCUCGCCGCCAAGACCUUCCCGUUCGCCUUCAACUCGGUCAACGUGGGGCCUCUGGCUUCCCAGCCUGUAUUCUCCCCGCCCAGCUCCAUCGCCGCCUCCAUGGUGCCCUCGGCCGCCGCUGCCCCGGGCACCGUACCCGGUCCCGGAGCCUUGCAGGGCCUGGGCGGGGCGCCCCCCGGGCUGGCUCCAGCCGCCGUGUCCUCCGGGGCAGUGUCCUGCCCUUACGCCUCGGCCGCCGCCGCCGCCGCCGCAGCCGCCUCCUCCCCCUACGUGUACCGGGACCCGUGUAACUCGAGCCUGGCUAGCCUGCGGCUCAAAGCCAAGCAGCACGCCUCAUUCAGCUACCCAGCCGUGCCCGGGCCGCCGCCCGCCGCUAACCUUAGCCCCUGCCAGUACGCCGUGGAACGGCCGGUGUGAACCGCAGGUCUGUGGAUCCAUCCCCGAGGGCGGGGCAGUAGUUCACAGCCUCUCCGGACAUGGGUCGCCCAGACUGGCUUGCCCCCGUCCCAGGGUCUGAGAGGGGUGCCAGAGCACCCGGGAAGAGGCGGCGGGCUCCGAAGAGGGCCUUUUCCCUCGCAGGCCCCGAGGGGUGGUCUAGACCCCUAUACGGAGACCGCGCCCCGGAUCUAAGGCCAGGAACAGGGACCAGCUUCCCCAGGGCCAAUUCACCCUUGGCUCACCCCGCCUUCUCCAGACUCCCCCUCUCCCGUUUUCAAAGAUCAAUGAAAUAAAUGUGCGCGGACUGUCAAA